ACGCGACGAAGACCAAGACGUCCAAGAGGGGUUGGUCGUAGGUCACCUGCCUAAUGUAAUGCCUAUGGUAAGUAUGAUCAUAUGACAGAUAAUCGAAAUUGCGGCACACCUUCGCAUUCUAAAAAAUUCCUUAAAAAUUCCGUCUUUUUGUUUGGGUCCCCAGAUUCACUUUCCCCUCAAAAUUCCAAUCACACCCUUCUUAGUUGGCAUCAAUUCAAUAAAGCCUGUCAAAACUAAAAGUCGUCAAAACUGCCACAAUCACGCUACACUUAAAAAAAAAAAAAAAAAACCACUAAUUUUACUUUUACAUAAAAACGACACCGUUUCUUACUUUUACAUAAAAACGACACCAUUUCUUACUGUUUCCGACAUUAUACUCUACACUAGUGUAAACCCACUGUACUAAGAAAAAUCAAAAACAGCAACCAACGUCUCUCAACUUUCAUUUUCUCUCUCCUACUUUUCCGACCCUACUUUCUCUCGAUGUCUGCGCCGGCGCCGGAAGUUUCGCCGUUAAUUCCGGCGGAUAACGCGACGGCUGAAACGCCCCCUGCGCCGCCGUCGGGUGAAGCCGCCGCCAUUCCGCCGGGACCACCCGCUGCUAUUCCGCCGGAAAACUCGGGUUCUUUUCCGUUGACUCCGUCAACGCCGUCUUCGGGAAUGUCGAAGGAAACAUUGACUGCUUUGGUGGUUGGAAUUGGGCUUGGAGGGUUAAUUGUUUUGAUUGCUGUGGGUAUUUUCGUCUUUUUUUACAAGCGGAGGAAGCGGAAGCAACCGCAGGAAGAUCAGUUGAUGUUGCCUAUUAAGCAUAAACCUAGUGGUGGACAGGCCCAACAGUUACAGCACAAUAUGCCUCCGUCUAUGAAUAAUAUACAGUCACCACAACCCCAAUGUGCUGUAGUACCAAUACCACCAUCCUCAAGUAGCAGCUUGGGCUCUGAUAAGUCACAUCCAGCACAACCCCCUGGGCAGUCAUUGUCCUCGCUGCCCUUCCCAAAUGGCACAUUCACUUAUGAAGAAUUAGUUUUGGCAACAGACAACUUUUCAAGUGCCAAUCUUCUUGGUCAGGGGGGUUUUGGAUAUGUCCAUAAAGGAGUCCUGCCUAAUGGGAAAGAGAUUGCAGUCAAACAGUUGAAAUCUGGAAGUGUCCAGGGGGAGCGCGAGUUCCAGGCUGAGGUUGAAACAAUUAGUCGUGUUCAUCACAGGCAUCUUGUUUCACUUGUUGGACAUUGCAUUUCUGGAGAACAACGAAUGCUUGUGUAUGAGUUCAUUUCAAACAAGACCUUGGAUUUCCAUUUGCAUGAAGCAAAACCACCUAUGAAUUGGGCAACGAGGCUGAAAAUUGCUAUUGGUGCUGCAAAAGGAUUGGCAUACCUUCAUGAAGACUGUCAUCCAAAAAUCAUUCAUCGAGAUAUCAAGGCAUCAAAUAUUCUUAUUGAUGAGGAGUUUGAAGCCAAGGUUGCAGACUUUGGACUUGCGAAGUUUUCUUUUGACACAGACACUCAUGUGUCCACCAGGGUUAUGGGAACUUUUGGUUACUUGGCUCCGGAAUAUGCCUCAAGCGGGAAACUCACUGAAAAAUCAGAUGUCUUUUCCUUUGGGGUUGUGCUUCUGGAAUUGAUUACAGGACGUAGACCUGUUGAUAAAGCUCGUCCCUUCAUGGAUGAUAGCAUGGUUGAAUGGGCAAGGCCAUUGCUGUCACAUGCCUUAGAAGGUGGAAGCUUUCAGGAACUUGUUGAUACAAGAUUGGAGGACUACAAUUUUACUGAGAUGGCUUCCAUGAUUGCUUGUGCUGCUGUAUGUGUUCGUAGCUCUGCAAGACGACGGCCGCAAAUGAGUCAGGUUGUAAGAGCUCUGGAAGGGAACUUGUCUGUCGAGGAUCUGUUGAAAGAAAUUCCACCAGACAACAGAGCAUUCCACGGAAGCACAGAUUAUGACUCUAAUAGUGCCCAAUACAAGGAGGAUUUAAAGAAAUUCAGGAAACUAGCACUUGAAAGCCAAGAGCAAAGCACUGGCGAGUACAGCGUAUUCACCAACGAGCAUGGUGUACCCCCAUCAACCUCGAGUACUGAGAAUCAACUUGAUACCCAGGAGGUCGAAACUGGGAAAUCUAAAACAGGAACCACAAGUGUGCUUGAAAUUCCUGUAGAAUGAAUAGGUUAAACCUUUGGAAUUUAUUAAUGUAAGCUUGAUUCAUCAUUCUUUAAGAUGCUCCAUUUAGUAAUAUUGGUGUCAAAUAGAGUUAGGUGUACAAAGUUUUUGUCGAUUAGUCCUACUAUUAUUAACUUAAUAUUGGCAUAGGUCACUGUAAAUGUUCACUUGUUCAGAUACAUGAGCUUGAGACUAACUAGUGCAUUCUUUUUUACUAUACAUGAACUAGCCAAAAGUUUGCCAUGCA